GCUAGCGUCCAGCUCGGCGGUGAAAGGAGCGUGGUUCUUGUUGUUUUCUCCCCCUAUCGUUCACUGAGGUAAAAAAAACUAUAAUAAAUACGAGGUUUGGUCUGGUAUUUGUGUGUGUGGCCGGUGUUUAUCUCAGUCUCUCGGGGACAUGGCUAACGGCCGCUCUCCGGCUACAUUAGCGACGUUAGCGACUCUGCUGCUGUGAAGGUGCUCUGUGUGUGGUAGAGGAGUGAGGAGUGAGGGGUGAAGCUCUGCUGCUGCGGUGUGGACACAGACACAGACAACACGGCGGCUUUCCUCAACCGUUAAGGCCCCGGCUUCACUGAGAGAGAGAGAGAGAGAGAUGGAGCGGAGCUGAUGGUGUCCGAGACCGCGGCCCGAACAGCCUCAACACACUGACCGCCAUGGACAUACAUCCACUAUGCACUAAACUUUGCCAUCAUAAAGCUGUGGAGCUGAAGGAUGAUGUGUGCGAGAAGCAGAGUGCGGUCACCAUCAACCCACGGCACAUGAGGAAAGCCUUCAGGAUUAUGAACGAGCUGCGCAGUCAAAGUGUCUUGUGUGAUGUGACCAUCGUUGCGGAGGAUGUGGAGAUUGCAGCACAUAGAGUGGUUUUGGCUGCUGGAAGCCCGUAUUUCCAUGCCAUGUUUACAGGUGAGAUGAGUGAGAGCAGACAGAAGAAGGUCCGGAUAAAGGAGAUAGAUGGCUGGACGCUGGGGAUGCUGAUUGACUACGUUUACACUGCCGAGAUACAGGUCACUGAAGAGAAUGUACAGGUGCUCUUGCCUGCUGCUGGUCUCCUCCAGCUGCAGGAAGUGAAGCGAGCGUGCUGUGAAUUUCUGUCCACUCAGCUUCACCCCACCAACUGCCUCGGCAUCCGCGCCUUCGCUGACCUGCACGCCUGCUGCGACCUUCUCAACCUGGCCAACACUUACGCAGAACAGCACUUCUCAGAGGUGGUGCAGUGUGAGGAGUUCCUGAACCUGGGCAUGGAGCAGGUGUGCAGCCUCAUCGCGAGUGACAAACUCACUAUACCAUCUGAGGAGAAGGUGUUUGAGGCCGUCAUCGCCUGGGUCAAACACGAUAAAGACGUGCGGCAGGAACAUAUGGCUCACCUGAUGGAACACGUGCGCCUGCCUCUCCUCUCUCGAGAGUAUCUUGUUCAGAGGGUAGAGGAAGAAUCGCUGGUAAAGAACAGCAGUGCCUGUAAAGACUACCUGAUUGAAGCCAUGAAAUACCACCUGCUGCCGGCAGACCAGCGCUCUAUGAUGAAGACCGUCCGCACCAGGGUGCGCACACCCGCCAGUUACCCAAAGGUAAUGGUGGUCGUAGGGGGGCAGGCUCCGAAAGCUAUCCGCAGUGUGGAGUGCUAUGACUUUGAAGAGGAGAGAUGGUUCCAAGUGGCUGAAUUACCUUCCAGACGAUGCCGAGCAGGUGUGGUGUACAUGGGUGGCAUAGUGUAUGCUGUUGGAGGCUUUAACGGCUCUUUGCGGGUGAGGACAGUGGAUGCAUACGACCCUGUGAAGGAUGAGUGGUGCUGUGUGAGCAGCAUGCAGGACCGGAGGUCGACACUGGGGGCUGCUGUUCUUAAUGGGCUCCUCUAUGCUGUGGGUGGUUUCGAUGGCAGCACAGGCUUGGCUACUGUUGAGGCGUACAACGCUAAGACCAACGAAUGGUUUCAUAUAGCACCCAUGAACACCCGACGCAGCAGUGUGGGAGUGGGUGUGGUCGGAGGUAUACUGUAUGCUGUUGGUGGAUAUGAUGGAGCGACGCGUCAGUGUCUGAGUACUGUGGAGGCGUAUAACCCGAACACUAACGAGUGGACCUACAUAGCAGAGAUGGGCACUCGGCGCAGUGGAGCAGGUGUGGGUGUGCUGAAAGGCCUGCUGUAUGCAGUGGGAGGACACGAUGGCCCAUUGGUCAGGAAGAGCUGUGAGGUGUACGACCCCGCCUCCAAUUCCUGGAAACAGGUGGCCGAUAUGAACAUGUGCCGUCGGAACGCAGGUGUGUGUGCGGUCAGUAAUCUGCUGUACGUGAUCGGAGGUGAUGACGGCUCCUGUAACCUGGCGUCAGUGGAGUAUUAUAACCCCAGCACGGAUAAGUGGACCAUACUACCCUCCUGCAUGAGUACUGGGCGCAGCUAUGCAGGUGUGACGGUCAUUGAUAAACCUCUUUGAGUGGUUGGAGUUGAACCCUGUUGAAGUGGAAGCUGAUAAGCUGAUGUGAUGCUGAAGAGUGGCUCACACUGAAGCUCUUGACGAGGCUGAAGCUUCGCCCUGAAGCUGCUUCACCACAGAGAUGGCCUGAGGAACACUACUCUCUCUCUCUCUCUCUCUUUCUCUCUCUCUCCCUCUCUCUCUCUCUUUCACACACACACACAUACAGUCUUAUACACUCUCUCUCUUACAUAUGCACUCUCAUUUACACA